AUGGACGGCAGCCAUGUGCGCACCUCGAGCAGCAGCAGCGCGGGCUAUCGCCAUGGCAGUGAGGGCGGCGGAGGAGGAGGAGGAGGAGGAGGAGCAGCACUCUGGCCAGCCCAGCCUGUGCAACUCGCGCGCGGUCGCCAGCCGCGGGACGCCCUGGCCAAAACCGUCGACUUCCAUGUGUCGUCGCUCGACGAGUUUGAGACGUCAUUGCAAAAGUACCUCGACGCGCCGCCCGACCAGCCCGAGCACACCGAGGCCCAGCUGUCGUUCUGGAUAGGCGCCAGCUUCAUGGUGUCGGCGCCCGCCAGUGCCAGCAACAGCACGCCGCAACAUGCCCAGCAGCCCGCGCAGCAACCCCGCCUUGCGCAACAACAACAACAGCAGCAGCAGCACCAGCACCAGCACCACCCGCAUUCUCGCCCUCACCCUCACCCUCACCACCCGCACGCCCCGCCUGGCUACCAGCCCGCCAAUGGCCUGUCCGCGCAGUAUGGCGGCCCCUCGCACGCGUACCAGAGCGUGGCUGACCCUGCCGUCGCCCUGGGCCUGCCCACCUACCCGCAGACGGUCGAGGCCAGCGACGGAAGCAGCAGCAAUGGCACGAAGAAGCCCGAGCACAAGGUCAGCCUGAGCAUCAUGGAGGCCCUGCAGCCGACGGCCGACCCCAAGGAGAAGAUGCGCAAGCAGCGCGCCAUUGCGAAGUGCUGUGUGGACGCCAUCCAGCGCAUCGACGGCUACCGGUACAGCUUCCACAACUGCUGGAACAGCCGCGAGGACGACAGCUUCCGCUUCUCCUACUACUGCAACGACUCGCUGCUGAACAAGGACCGCGCGGCGAAUGGCAAGGGCGCGAAGCUGGGGAAGCGCGCGACAAAGCCCGUCUACGACUGCAAAGGCGUCCUCUCCAUAAAGUUCUCGGCCACCAAGCAGUCGCUAGAUGUCUUCUACAAGCACGUGCCCAUCCACAAGACGUACGAGGAGCGCGCGCCGCCGCCCCGCAAGGACUCGAAGCGCCGCAAGUACCUCGAAGUGAACGACCCAGAGGCACUGACGAAGCUGGUGACGCGGGCCAAGUCGAAAGACGGCAGCGAGGAGCCAGACUUGCGGCCGAAGAAGAAGAAGGCGCCGGUAAGCACUGAGGCGCCGCGGCCGUCGAAUACGUCGCUGGAGAGCGAUCUGAGGGCGCAGAGUCUGCGAUCGCUGUUGGAGCUGAUUCAGGUCGAUCCGUCUCCAGCAGAGCCUGCCCCGCCUGAUCCUCCUCCUCCAUCGCCGCCUCCACCUCCUCAUCCGCAGCACACUGGUGGUCCACCACCAAAUGCCUAUGCAGCAGCCACCUGCGCCACCGCGGAGGACGACCGCGGGAACAGCUUGUGGAUGUCUGCAAGGCGAAAGAAGACAAAAGGUACUGCGACGGGCACGAGACCCGUGUGCAAUACCUGCACCGACAAGAAGCGCCAAUGCUACUACACCGAAUCGCCUAGCGAAGAGCCACGCAUUGAGACAAACGUCACAGUGCCUCACGCCCCAGCACCCACCAAGGAGCUUUCCGAAUACGAGAAGAUGAAAAAGGAGCUCGAAGAAGCCAAAGCGCGCAUCCAGGAACUCGAAUCCGAAAAACGCGCCUCCACCACCCCCACGCAGACGCAGACGCAGACACAGCCGGGCGCUGCGAAUGUGGAUGCGAAUACCUACCGCGGUACCGCCGCUGAGUUUGCCUGGCCCGCCAACGCCGCGGCGUAUUAUGCGUAUCAGGCGCAGGGCGUGGGCGGGAACGCGCAGCAGCAACAGCAGCAGCAACAGCAGCAAAGCCAGCAGGAUCAGUGGGGCCAGGGGAGGGGGCCGGGUGUGUUUCGAUAA